GUACUGCACCCAGCGGAGAGGCACUUCCCUUCCUAGCACAAUUUGGAAGCUCACCACGUAAACCUAAACACGCACGCACGCACGCACGCACGUACGCGUACAGUCCGCAAUGGGUCGCCUCAAGGUCACCCCCAAAGGGAAGGUGAAGAAGAACAUUCCCAUUACCCGCGUCGGCAAGAAGCAGUACCUGAAGCGCCGCUUUGCCCACGUCCGCGCCGUCGACGUCGCAGGUGCCAACAAUCGUUUUACGCAGAAGUACUUCGAGGGGAACAACACGGCGGAGCAGACCUUCACCCGACUAGGACUUGCCAUCGACCCGAGCGCCGCAAAAACCGCGCGGGAGAAGCGCAAAUCGAAAGUUCGCCCGCAAACCCGUCGUGUGUUUGAGGAGCAAGACGAGCUCGCAGCGCACGUGCAGCACGUGAAGGCGACGAAGAUCGGCCGCCCCGUCAGCGAGCAGGAAGGCUCGACCAUCGCCAACCUUAUACAGCGCUACGGCACCGAUCUGAAGGGCAUGUCCUUAGACCGCAAGCUGAACCCUUUUCAGCUGAACGCGCGGCAGCUGCAGCGGCAAAUUGUCAACUAUCUGAAGUGGGAGAAGGCGGCAUUUCCGGCGCAGUUUGCGGAGGCUGAGAAGAAGGGCUGGUUCGCGGUGGAGCAGUACGCCGAUCCGCAGCUCCGCUCUGCGCAGCGGCUGUAG